AUGACCGCAAUUUUGUUCAGAAUCUUUGCAAUUAUUCAAUUAGUUUUUGCGUUGAAAGACGAAUUCACAGAAUUAUUAUUUAAUCAUCAACAACUGUGCGGUAAUCCAUUUUCUGAUGCCCAGUGGAUACCUGUGCUAGAUCGCUGCUCAAUAGUUUGUGAUGACUGGAAUGAACUUUGUGUGGAAGACGAUGAAUUGCAACAGAAAUGCAACAAAUUGCCACCAAAAUGCGUCAAUUUUAUACGACGAAAAAGUAUUCUAAGAAAUGAAAGAAAUCUCAUCGCAGUGUGCUAG